UUUUUUUACGUAUUUGAUUUAUGGUUUUAAAAUGAAAGGACUGAUCAUGAUAAUAAAGAAACAGAAAAUUGUUCAUUUUUUAAUCAAAAUUCUACCGAAAAUUAUCAUCUAUUUUCUGUGUGCACAAUAUUUUUGUUUUAAUAUCUUUCGGUUAUGUGCAGAAUUUUUACUUCAUGAAACCAACGUUAGAAUUGAAUAUAAAACACCAACUAAUAUUACAUUUCCAGCGAUUACAAUUUGUGGUUGUUGUCUACAAAAAUCAUCUAGUCAAAAUGAAUUUACUGAUGAAACAUAUGAUCAAAUAUAUCAUGAUGAAUAUACGUCAUUAAGAAAUCAUUCGGUUAUGGAAAUAUUUGAUCAAUUCACUUAUGAUGCUUCUGAAUUGAUACCCGAAUGUUACUAUAUUUUAGAUGGUAAUGGUCAUCCACAAGAACAGGCGAUCAAUAUUUCCGGUUUAUCGAAUUUCGUAUUGGAAAGCAUACAACAAGGACGAAAAUGUUUUACUUAUUUUUCACUUCUAUCCGAUUAUGAUAAUGUUUCGCAAUCACAGUCAUCAUCCUUACUAAAAACUAGUACCACGAUAGAUAAUCAAAAAAUAUCCUAUGUUCAAGUUGUCGUUCGUAUGAAAUCAUUCGAAAUGUAUACAAAAGAAUUACUUGAUACCGAUAUUAUUGUUGGUAUUCAUUCACCAUAUACAUUACCAUCAUUAUUGGAAACAGAUUUUUUUCGAAUCGAUUCCGGUAUGAUUUAUUCCAUGCAGUUUAAAAGAUUAAUCACUGAAUUAAUGCCAUCACCAUAUCGUACAGAUUGUCAUCAAUACGAAUUGAAAAAAGUUCCAAGAUCGCAAAGUGAAUGUAUCAAUCGAUGUGUAUUGCAAGAAACAUUGGCCAUGCAGCAACAUCAGUGUUUAAACUAUUAUAGUCUUGUAACAAGAAAUUUACUACAUGAAAUUGUAUCUAACCAAGCAAAAAUUUUCGAUGACAGCGAUUAUAACAGCCAUAGACUACAUCAUUCGUCAUCAUUGAGCAGCAAUCAAAGUGAUGAUGAGAAAGUAAAGUUUUGUCAACAUCGAAGCUAUCUCGAUUAUUAUCGUUUCGUAUUAGCAAGGCGUAAAUGUCGACACAUUUGUAAAAGAAAUUGUCUUGAAUCAGUUUAUACGACUACGAUGGAUAUAUCAACAUCUGAAGAUGUUGAUUUUAUGAACAAUGAUGAAAUUGUGACCAGAAUUAUCAUCAAAGCUAACCAUGAAAUGGUACAGAAAGUUAAACAUGAACGCCAAAUGAGUUUGUUUGAAUUUAUUGGCUAUCUUGGUGGACAUGCUCACAUUUGGCUAGGAUUAUCCGUUAUACAAUUCUAUGGUGCUAUAUCUCGUGUAAUUAUCCGUUUCCGGUAUUAUUUAGAAAAAUUUCUGACUUGUUAUCAUGAUCGAAUGAAAAAUCGGCCAAAAAAUAUCCAAAUAACAAAUUGAUGAUGUAUAACAUUCAUUUUAUUUUUUU